AUGUCUGAUAAGGACACCAAAGAUUUAGGCUAUACUAUGGUUCGGCCUUCAUUUUUUGAUCUCGCUGACCCAAAUGCAGGAAUUUAUAAAUGCGAGCUUAAAGGGCUUUAUAUUCUGCUUGUUCUUAUCAGCACUUUUUAUAUCGGAAUAUCUGCUGUCCAGAGAUUUUCAUCAGUAGGAUAUUUCUGAGAAGAUGCCCUAUUUUGGGCUAUGGCAAAAGAUUGGCUUAUAGUGGCUCUAGCGUAUCCAUUCCUUUUCGCAUACUCCUUUAUGGCUUAUUUUCUUCAAAUUCUUAUAAUAAAAGGCUUAUCUUACAAUUUAUCUGUAGUAUUCCAGCAUUUGUCACAAGGCUUCAUGUUUUUGGUUGUCUCAUAUAUCAUUGUUACAUGAGACUGCGGGUUCAGUCAAACAAUGUAUAUGACGAUCCUUUGCUUUUGUUUUUUCAUGAAAAUGCACUCUUAUACGAUGGUGAACAGAGAUUUGAGGGAAAAUCAAGAUAAAUCUGAAAAUAAAUAUCCUAAGAAUAUUACAAUUGCUAAUUAUGCCAAUUAUUUAUUGACCCCUGUGCUGAUUUAUCAAUUAAGUUAUCCGAGAAUACCAAAAUUUAGACCAGAGUAUUUUUUCAAAAAACUGAUUUUGUUGUUUUUUCAGCUGUUUUCAAUGUAUGUAAUUACAUCGGAUCAUAUUAUGCCAGCACUUGCUAGAGGAAAGAGUAUACAAUUUUUGGAUUUAUAUUGCAGAUUGAUUUUGCCAACUCUUAUUGUAUAUUUACUCAUAUUUUUUGUGGCUUUUGAGCAAAUAUUAAAUCUCCUUGCUGAAAUAUCAAGAUUUGGAGAUAGAGAAUUUUAUCAAGACUGGUGAAAUUCAUUAAGUCAAUCAGAUUUUGCUAGAAAAUGGAAUAGGCCUAUACAUUUAUUCCUUUAUAAACAUGUUUACCUAGAACUGCGAACUCGUUAUGGAUUCAAAAAUAUGGCUUCGUCUCUAUUUACCUUAUUAUUUUCAUCCCUUUGCCAUGAAAUGAUUGCAGCUUUGAUCUGUAAAAAAAUACGCUUUUAUUUAUUGGGGAUAAUGUGGUUGCAAUUCCCCCUGAUUUUUCUAGUGAAGACAGUUAAAAACGAUUUGUUUGGGCUUUACUUGUUUCUGAUAGGAAUAAUCGCAGGUCCUCCCUUAAUAUUAACUCUCUAUGCAGUUUCUAUUUAA